UCCAUUCUUCCAGUCGCCACUUGAUGGUAGACUCGCGUGGUCGCGUAUGGCUUCAUGACAUUCAAAAGUAACGACUCAACACAAUAUCGAAGUUUCAAAACAAAAUAAAAUGUUAUAAACAUAACCGCGGUCCGCGUGGUCUCGACUCGCACGUUUCAUAUUAUUGAAUUUCAAAUAUGGAAUUAAAGGAAAAGAUGGUGGACUCUAGUGAUGCGAUAUGGAAGCCUAACUACAUGCUGAUGUCCUUCCAAAGGAUACUAGUGUUGUUCGUUAUAAUGGCCAGUGUGAUUGUUGUUGUUUACUUCACGCCAAUGCCAGAAGAGUAUUUUGAAAACUGUGAUCGGGAAUGCCACGAACUGGACUGGCCCAUGAUUUGCAGAGUCAAACUUGUUAUCGAGGUGUAUAAGACGUAUAGCAAAUCAUGUAACAGUUGCGCAGAAGAUGGCAAGGAUUGCCCACCAAUGUGCAUCACAGCAGAUGGACGGGAGCGUGGCGUACUUUCAGCUAAUAGAGUGCUUCCCGCUCCCACUCUGCAUGUCUGUCAUAACGAUAUCCUGGUAGUAGACGUAGUACACCGGGCACCAGCGCAUGCUCUCUCAAUACACUGGCGUGGUCAGCCUCAAAAAGAAACCCCAUUCAUGGAUGGAGCUCCCAUGUUAACGCAAUGCCCCCAGCCCGCGUAUACUACAUUCCAGUACAAAUUUCGUGCGUCUGCAGUAGGGACGCACAUGUAUCAUGCACAUUCAGCCGCAGACGCCGCUGAUGGUCUCGCAGGUGCGUUUAUUGUACGCCAAUCGCCUAGACUAGACCCUCUGAGAAAACUUUACGACGUCGAUGCCACUGAUCAUACUAUUUUCAUAGCGGAGUGGGGUCAUUCGAUGGGACCACUUGCUGGUGUCACGUCCAAAAUCUCUAAUGCUGAAUCGUUGCUAAUAAAUGGUAAAGGAAAUACUCCGGAAUCAUCUGACGCUCCUUUGUCAACAUUUACAGUGGAGUAUGGCAAAAAAUAUAGAUUCCGUUUGGCUUACGGAGGAGGUUUCAAAAGUUGUUCUGUGAAAUUCUCUAUCGACCAACAUUUUCUGAGCUUAGUUACAUUAGAUGGACAUAGAGUCCAGACAGAGGCUGUCGGAUCAAUCGAGUUAGGCAGAGGCGAACGUGCUGAUUUUAUUUUAGACGCUAAAAGGUCGAUAGGCGUGUAUAAAAUCAAUGUUGUCGCUGAUAAAUCUUGUCAAGAAGAUUUGAAAGGAGAAGCAGAAUUGGUGUAUACAAGGCAAGAUAAUGUCUUAGUAAAAAAUGAUGAUGAGUCAGUGAAUCGUGAAUUUACGACUGUGUUCAGUGAUAAGUGUGCCAGUGAAGAUGUAUUGUGUUUGAACGAAGUGCAUGCAGCGGACAAACUUCCUCUGGAACUUACAAAAGCGUCUGAAGAUACAAUUUAUGUGCCUUUUAAUUACUCCACCAGGCAGAUAUCAGCGAAACGUGUCGAAAGUUGGGGUCAGACCGACGGUCACCGCUUCACAUACCCUGCGUCUCCCCUGCUGACGCAAGGUGCUGACGUGACUCCUGAAGCAUUAUGCCCUCAGGAAUCUGGACUCGGCGAGGAGUGUGUACAUGUGAAACAUGUCCCUCUCCACUCAACUGUAGAACUCGUCAUGUUAGAUCAAGGCGGUGAAUCAGACCACAUUUUCCACUUGCACGGCUACAGUUUCUACGUGGUGGGAAUACGACAAUUCAACAAAAGUAUGGAUAAGGAAACCAUGGUUAAGAUGCACGAAAAAGGUGCACUGUUUCAAAAUAAAAACCUUGAAGAUCCUGUCAUGAAAGACACCAUAGUUAUACCCAAGUUUGGUGCUGUAGCUUUAAGAUUUAAGGCAGAUAACCCAGGGUAUUGGAUGAUGAGGGAUGAGCGGUCAGCUCACUGGACGAGAGGAUUGGAUUUCGUAUUAAAGGUCGGAGAGCAGAGGGACUUCGUGCAAGCGCCGAGAGACUUCCCGAAAUGUGGUUCCUACGUAGGGCCAGAAUAUUUCCUGAUAUAAUUCAUCUAGACUGAUAACGUUACCAUUAUUGUUAAGCUCGGUUUAUUUAUUGGUAUGUGAUACGAUUAUGUGAUUGCUUCGACUGUAACUAUACAUAUUUACCUAGUAAGUAA